CGAAAAUUUGAAUGGCGUAAUACAAUGGAUAAAUGCCUCGGAAACGUAAGAUUUUGUUCUGAAGUGUGAAAUUGUUACUGGCGAGAUACAAACAUAAAUGUGAGUAUCAGCUGCACGACGAAAAGAGAACUACAAUUAUUAUCACCAAUUUACUAACUAAAUAACGCGUUUAACGUAUCACAAGAAUGUGUGGCUCGAAGUUCUUAAGCAUGUAGAAUAACACUUACACACUAAUCGGACUCCUCACAGAUUAGCGAAUACUGAUUACGUCAUUUCGAUUUAUCACAUUACAUAUCUUUUUUAUUAUUUUUUUCCAUUUUCAACAAAAUUAUUUUUAAUAGAUCCGCAGAAUCAAAAAAGUUAAACGGAAAAAUCUAUAAGUUGAUAAAUUUCAAAUAUUUUAAUGUCUAAUGACAUUUCUAUGAUACUAGUAUAAUAAGAAUUAAGCAAGAUCAACGAUAUAUAAUAAUUAGUCAACCGACGAUAUUACAUUAUUUUUAAUUCUAAUUUAUUCACAUAUACAAGAUGAACGUAUAUGUGACCAAUUAGAAAUCGCUUGCUGGUAAUGCAUCCUUUGUAAAUCGUUUUUUAAAAUACGAAUUUAAGAAUGUUUAGGAUAAAGUAAUCACGUUAUACGAUUUGUUCUUUAUAUUAUUUGCCUCUACAACUUUUUUUUGUGAUAAUUAAUAUUUUCAUCAUAAUUACAAAACGUUAUAGGUUCGCGAAUUCGAACGUCGAAUAGUUAAACGAAAAAUUAUAUGUGCUCGAAAGAUGUGUUUUAUUUAGUUGAAAACUAUUAAAAAAAAAAAAAAAAAAAGAAAGAAAAAAAGAAAGAUUUUAAUAGACACAAUGGUCAAUAUUACGAUUUCUCAUCCUCCCACCGUUCCAGAGCUUUUCCAAUGGUUCAUGACUCGAUCAACGAAUAGUCUUCAUUCGGCCAAGUACUCGAAUACGUUGGUCGGCUAUCAACGUUACGAAUUCAAUCUGUAGCGCGUCUCAUCACCAAAAUGGACAAUUAAUUAAUUCGCGUUUUAAUUAUUUCUCGUAUUGAACGUACGUGCAUAGUACGUGCCUAUUGAACGACCGGUCAAUCUUCGUCAACUAUGAGAGGUCUUAUCUAUUGUGUUUAAAAGCAGAAUUCCCGAGCCAGAGGGUUGGACUUUGGAUGGCAUCGGGAGGAGAAAGGAAAAUGGCAUCUUCACGAAAAGGCAAGAAGAUGUAAAUAACCAUAAAUAAAACGUUUAAAGAAGAAAAAGAAAAAGGUAGGAUUAGAACGAUAACAUCCAUCGUUGGCGAUCGUGCUUCGUCGAUUGUCACCGUCGCUUCGCGAUCAACGUCGAUAAUCGGCCCGUCUUGUAAGGUUCGUGAAAGAGGAAGCGAAGCACGUGAGAGAUCUUCAGUUAGCUCUGCGGACGCAGAGUCAAGAGGUUCAUCGGACAUACCAGGGACAAAGCAAAGACAAAGUUGAAUAUAAUACACGCGUGUAUACGAGAAAGAGAGAGAAAGAGAGAAAGAGAGAGAGAAAGAGAAAGAGAAAGAGAGAGAAAUAGAGAGGGAGAAAAUGGCUACGCUGACCCUAGAUCAUCGUCAUUGUCCUAGAAAACAAGUUUGAAGUAGACUACCCGUAGUUUCUCGUGACGACAACAACUAAGUCCUCUACGAGUUGGCCAAUUUCCAUCAGCCGUUUCUCGUUCUCUUUCUCAGAGAAUGUCGAAGAAGCAAUGGAUCGUACUUCUCAUGUUGUUCCUAGCUUAUCUCUUUUUGGGCGCUUCUAUCUUCUAUCAUAUUGAAAGCCGGCUGGAGAUCGAACACAUCGAACGUGCCAAGGAAGAACGAAUCGAGAUCAACGCUUUGCUUCUCAAACAUUACUUUCCCAGUCGUACGCACAAUCAAAACGAGAUUUUUGAACGAUUGACGCAGUAUUGCGGAAAAUCAGUUUAUAAUUAUACGGACGGCGAAAGUGAUCCAAUAAAAUGGGACUUCUACAACAGUUUCUUCUUCGCUUAUACUGUCGUCAGUACGAUAGGUUACGGAAAUUUAGCACCAACCAAUACGCUGAGUCGCAUAUUGAUGAUUUUUUACGGAUUGCUUGGCAUACCAAUGAACGGAAUUUUAUUGUCUCAGUUAGGAGAAUUCUUUGGUCACGUUUUCGUAAGGGCUCAUCGCAAGUACAAAUCCUACAAGAAACACCAAAAUGAUUAUGCGAAGAAAUUGACGCCUCUUGAAACAAGAAAAGCUGGUCUCGCAGCACAAAUCUUCAUGUAUCUCAUUCCUGGUUUCGUCAUGUUCAUCUUUUUCCCAGCUUUCCUUUUCUCUCACUACGAGGGUUGGACUUACGAUGAAGCUGUUUAUUAUGCUUUCGUAACGUUGACAACAAUUGGCUUUGGAGAUUAUGUGGCAGGACAAGACAACACAAAGGGUAGUGGAUUCUUUUUUGUAAUGUACAAAACCUUUCUUAUUUGCUGGGUCUCCUUCGGAUUAGGCUACAUCGUCAUGAUUAUGACCUUCAUCGCCCAAGGUAUGCGCAGUAAGAAGAUCAUCAGGAUCGAGCACAAAUUGGCGAUGAAUUUAAAACAUACGCAAAGCAAGAUAUGGAACGAGUUUAACAAGGAGAUCAACUACUUCCGAAGAGUCUUUAAUGAGCUUCAGUUUUCCAAGGUCAAAAGAGUUUAUGUCGAUGAAUAUGAUUAUGAAAUACCGCCGACCAAAUUUUCACGAAGUAACAGUUUCCCAGAUCUCAGAAAGUUGAUAUAUGGUGGCUUUGAGACCUCAGUACCUUUGCAUCCUCGACGUCGUGCUAACAGUGAAGUAGUACCGACGGAACCAUUAAUACGAGUGGUAUCGGAAACUGAUCUCCAACGAAUCGAUAAAACGGCUACAUUUGCUGCUCACGCAAUGGUACAACCAGCGGAACUAUUAUCAAAAUUGGUAAACGUUUUGGGCUACAUUCCACCACCUGAUGAUAAUAACGAUACUUCCGAUUGGGAUCAGGAAUAUAAAAACAAAGAAGACUCAAAAAAGACAGGAAUCGAAGGAUUUAAAGAAAAAGAUAUCUUUAAUAAACAGAAUACUUGGAAUGAGUCAAGCUGGAGAAUCGGUGCUGAUAGAAUUCCUGGAAUGAUGCCACGAUCGAGAGCAGCUAGCGAGGUGAGAUUGAAUAUGAACAAAAAUGAGUCGAAUAUUCAUCAACAAAACGGAGAAUGGACUUGGUCCGGACCGGCUGCUUCGAGGAAGAUUCAGGAAUUGAUAAAAACUCGUAGAACUGGUCUCUCUGGUAUUAAAGACAGUAAAUCGUAUAAAUUUCCUGCGAUCACAUUACCCAAGUCAGUACCAAAGAAUCUCUUCUCUCCUUGGAGGCGGCAAUCAUCGAACAAAAAGGCACCGGACACUGAACAGUCCAUUCAAAAGGGCACUCUUCCUGAUAUCGAUCUUGAAGCAGGAGAAAAUUAUUCGUCGAUAACAGCAAAUUCUGAUUUGUUUUCAUCCAAUUUGGACGAUAUCAGUGAAACCACAACAUCGAGACGUCGAUAUUAUACUCACACAGGUGCCAACAAUUUGAUAGAGAGUAAUAAUAUUUUGGAAGAGACAUCUUUAGCCGAUUUUCUUAGAGCUCUCACUGUUCUUCAUGCAAAAAUCAGCACUGUACCUAGUGAUUACUCGAACACACGUAAACCUCAAAGAAAAAUGGGUACUGCUUCAUUGACGCCACCUAAACUUCCAAGUCUCUUCACUUUGUUCUCGCAAUCCGCAGAUAAUCAAAAUCAUAGUCAAAGUAAUCAAAGCACAGUGACCACGUCAUCGUUGCAAGCCAAUAGAAGAUACUCUCUAAGACCUAGCGAAUACUCACCGGCGUCUACGCCAUCGUACGCAAGACGUGAAAGUAUGAUCAAUUCUAUUAAACCCAGAAGAUUUUCCUUGAGACCUGUUGCUACUCCAACCAACACGCCACCGGAAUAUACAGCGUCUUACUUGAAUUCGCGAAUACGUGAUGACCAGAAAUCCCAGUUUUCUUCUCUCGCGGAUACUUUUGUCUACGAAUCUGCCAAAAAGCCACUGGUGCAAAUGGAAGGAACACCAGGUGUCUCUUCACCGAUCGCAACGUUCUCAAACAUUCGACGUUUGUCUUUACGACCUAUGCCCCAAAUCCAACAAUCAUCUAGUCAACAGAUUCAAGCCACUAAAGCUCUACCACGUUGGAAAGCUGGUAUGUUGCAACGACAGAUUGGUAGAAUGAGCGUUCAUCGUCGAGUACGAGCCUUCAGUUUAAGCGAUGUGCAAGCAGAUAAAUCUGAAAAAUCUACUGGUCUAAGCCCAUUAGUAAUAGAUGAUAAUGGUAAACCAGUAACGUCUAUUGUUUCUUCGAGUAAGCCGAAUGUUUCUGCGGUUCAGAAGACCGUUACGAUCGUAUCACCAACGAAGAACGAAGUUCUUCGAUCGGACAGUAACGAGUCGACCUCUGUCGAUAAUCAAUCCCUCGUAAAUACAUUCUCCAAUCCUUUUGUUUCCUCUUUUGUAACGACAGAAACAUCUGGUAACAGUGGCACUGCUAGUAAUUUUCAAUUUAAAAACGUUCAAAGCGAUGAAGUAAGCAGCAAUAUUGUAUUAAACAAUUUACAGAGAACAUCUGAACAUGAAAUAAACUAUAAUGAUACCUCUAAACAAGCUAACUCAGAAAACAAUGAAAGAAAUAUAGAAAAUAUGGAAGUUGCCAAAGAGAUUACAGAAAAAUUAAUUUUCCAUAAAGAUCCUGCCAAUUCUAAAGAAAUUUUCGAUGACAAAUUGAUAUUGUCUAAAGACGUAUCGUCAAAUAUUAAAGAUAGUUCAAAGAACAGCUCGAAAUCAACGACUAGUUCUACGAUCAAAUCUUCGAACGAGAAACCAAGGAUAUUCAUAGAUUUUUAUAAAACUUCGUUAGAUGUUAAAAUAGAAAAACCCAGCGUAAAUCCCUUUUUGCAGUAUCAAGCUACCACGAGUGGUUCUCAAUAUGGGAACACCAAUCCUACGGAGAUUAAAGGAGAAAAAGAGAAUAAAUCGCAAUACGGACAGAGAAAAUUAUCGGUCGAAGCACGAAAACCAUGGAAAAAAGAAUGAUUUAUUUGUUUAUAGAAAACAACGGUUUUACACCAUCUAAUGAAAAUUGUAUCUUUCUUUUUUUGAUAGGACAUUUAACAAAAUAAUUAGAUUAUAUUUAUAUAAAUUUUCCGACUUUUAGAUUUUUAAGAAGAUUCUGUUUUUUAUGAAUUUUCAUCUCGAUUUAUCAUUAACGGAUUUUUUUCAUUAUAAUUUUUUGUAUCUUUCGAAAUUAUAAAUUGUACGAUAUUUAUAAUUUAAAUCAAUUAUGUUUAACAAUAUGAAAUUGAUCUACUCCGAUCGUAUAAUUUGAUUUAUGAUCAGAAUUCUUAAUUUUAAUUCAUGACAAUCUAGAAAGUGUUGCAUUUACGAAAAAAUGAAUGCAAUAUCGAUGAUAUAAUACGGACGUAAUAAAUAAUUCACGCUGAUCUUAGCAAUAUUUAACGAUAGCUUACUCUUCAGACGUGGCGUGAUUAUUGAGAUUACACUUCUUACUCGUAUGAUUACUCGUAGAUCUAUGUUUCUUUAUCAAAAUGAUAAAUCGCUUUUAACUGUUAAGGUCUAUAAUAUAGAAAAUAACUGUGAUAAAGUAACUAUAAUAAAAAAAAAAAAAAAAAAAACUUUAAUUAUAUUGUAUAUAUCAUCAUGUAUUACAAUACUUAGUAUUUAUUUCAUUCGUUUAAAUUAGAAAAAGUUUCUCGAACUACUCAUUGCAAUACAAUAAUGACAAUAAUAGUAAUAAUAUUCUAACAAAGUUUGUUAAAACGAUUUUAAUCUUUAUUAAUUUGUUAGAAAUUUAAUCAUACGUGCUAUGUAAAAGAUAUAAACAGUUUAAAAAAUGAACAUUUUUUAUUUAAUACAUAUAAUAAAUUACAAUGUUUUCUUGUUAAUAUAUUUUAUAUUUGGCGAGGUGUGUCAUAAAAAAUGACUAUCUUCAUUAGGUAAAUAUAAUAUGGCUUAUAGCCGUAAAUAAUGCAAAUUUGUAUUUAUGUACUUCAAAUGAGAAAAUCAUUACUCAGUUAAAAUGCAAUGUACAUGUUUAUUGUUGAUCUAACUAUAAACAAAAAGAGAAUAAAUAAUCAUAAUUUGCUCGCUA